AUGCAUCAACAAUCCUAUACGCAUAACAUAGACCCACGAGAUCCAGAUGGGAAUGUGAGAUGCUAUGCCCACGACGUCAUCGUUCCCAAGCUUGUGAGCCACACAAUUUUGAAUCCGAAUCGGCAACCAUUGCCUCCUGCCGCUGGGUCGUCAGGCACACCAUAUGCCCAUGUCGUGCAACCUGCGCCGGAAACGCCCAAGCGACCCUCGCAGAAGGAGCGUGCUGCUUUAGCUCGAAAACCUUCUACCCAAGCUUCGCCUGCCAAACGCCCUCGAACGAUCACCCCUCCACCCACAGACGGACCUCAUACAUCAUCCGCUCAGGGUUACUCAUCCCGCACUCCGAUUGGACAGCUCCGAGAGCGACUUCCGAUGACACUUUCCAGCGCGUUCACUCCCUCGCAGAAGCAGCGGCGUAAUGACGCCAUUACAGCUGCUCUUGAGGGGCCCACUGGCAAUGGUCAUUGUUCCUGUCUCGCGGACAAAGACAUCGCCCAAGGCACGCCGCAGAGGAUCUUUCAGUCUAGCUCACAGGAACAUAGCUACGUUCCUCGCGAGCGAUGUCCGGGUGCUGAAACUAACACCGGCCAGGCACAUCACGGAGACUUCAAUUUCGCGGCAGCACACCCUCCUUUACGAAAUUGCACUCGAGCGGAUGACUACGAUUUCAGCCCAGAGCCUGAGUCGCCACAGCCGUCCUUAUACAGCACGGGCAUACAGACGUCUCCCGUUGCGAGCACCUGCGACAUUGCGUCACAGUAUUCACAAUACGAUCCCGACUAUCCUCCGCAGGAAGUGCUUGACGACGAGCAUGAAGUUGCGCACGAGUUGCUAUCCUCGCGGGCCGACGCGAGUGUUUAUGGGACCCCUUCUUCCACCCCUGUUGUUCUCGAGGAAGACUUCUCACUGUCGCCGACUCCACGGACACCAGUCUUGGGCGUCGGUCGUCAGGCACAUCCGCACGGCACGCAGAGUACACACAGCCACGGUCUGCCGACACCGCCGCAGAGUAGCCCGCUAGGUCUCGACAUACUCCAGGCACCGUCCAAUCAGCCCAGCGAAUGGAUGCCUAUGUCGCCGGCCCGUGACAAAGGCGUGCAACAGGAGAACCCUUUUCAGGAGCAUGCUCCUAAUCUCCAGCCUUCACGUUGGGAUUCGCAGUCCUCAUCACUAUCACAACAGUCUGAGAGGCCGACGGCCACUACAGCCGCCGGGUCUCCUUCGGCUGAUACGGUUGCGUUGCAUCUAAGGGACCUUGCAGGCGUGCCAAAUGUCAUGCGUAAAUAUGAACGGAAGCAAGCAGCUAUGCAGAACAGUCUCGAUAUUAAGGAUAAAACGAUCGACGACUUGCGAACACAAGUAGCCCAGUUGCAGGAAAAGAACAGGCGGCUGGAACUUGACCUGGAGACCUUGAGAACGAGGCGAUAA